CUCCAUCUCAUCUAACUAAUGCAUGCUCUUCAUAAGGCUGGAUUGAAAGCAUCUCAACUGGAGAAAGUACAACAAUUCAUUGCAUUCACCUCGGUGAGUGAUAAAGAAGCCAUACGGCGGCUGCGAAAAACAAACUGGAGUUUGGAAACUGCUGUCAACUCAUUUUUUGACGCAAACGGCAAAGAGGCUCUGUUUGUAUCUAAGGAAACCUGUGACGUUCGGCAGCUACAUAGCAUUUUUGAAAAGUAUAAAGACGAUGACCAGGACAUCAUCGGCAUAGACGGCACAAUGCAGUUCUGUGAAGAUUUGGGACUGGAGCCCACUCAAAUUGAAUUCCUCGUGCUAUCCCAUCAUCUUGGUUCCGAGAGGAUGGCUGAAUUUACCCAAUCUGGCUUUGUAGAAGGCUGGCUCAAAUUACGAUGUGAUACCCUUGAUAAAAUGAAGAAUGCCAUAUCAACCUUCAGGCAGUGGAUGGAUGACGACGAAGCUCAUUUUAAGGAGAUUUACCUUUACGCCUUUAAGUUUGGCAAACAAGCCGGUCAGAAGAGUCUUUCUCUCGAGGCGGCGGUUGAGUUGUGGCGAUUGUUACUUCAGGGUCGAUUUGAACAUUUGGACUUGUGGAUUAAAUUCAUUGAGGAACAACACGGUAAAGCUAUAUCUAGAGAUACAUGGAAUUUGCUUUUGGAUUUCUCCAAGCAAGCCGAUACUGAACUCAGUAAUCAUGAUGCGGAAGGUGCAUGGCCUGUGUUAAUUGAUGAAUUCGUAGAGUAUGCUAGAGCUCAGCCAAAAUAAUAAUACCCUCAUAAUGUUUUCUGAUCUCCACCGUAACGAGUUUUUGUUGAUAAAGAACGGAGGUGUGGUUUAUGAUGUGGUGAUAAA